UUUCUCCUCACGCGUGCACCGAGCAAACUGAUGUGCUAAACUUCCGACCGGAUAUCCAAUCCUCACUCAGAUGGGUAUCCGUCGUCGAAGCGCCCGCUCGAUUCCCCAUUCAGUACUUCACCCCAGCGAUUCUCGAGAUUUUACUUCACCCUGAACGCAACACCUCCCUUAUUCUACGAACUGAGGUGCUCUCCGAUGGGAAACCCCUUAGUGCUCCCAAAAUUUUAUCCUCCAUCAGUGAAAUGAAGGCCGUUCGCAACAUGGUGAGACGGCUGAUUCCGCGAAUGCCACAGAGAGAUCGAGGUGUCGAUCAGGAUUGCACGUUCCUCGUGGCUGAUGCUCACAGUAUGGAGCAUGAAGAUGGAGCAGAGGACGUGUCUCUGGUCAUUCUGAGCCCCAGGAUUGAGAUCGAUCCCGAAGACGGGAAGGAAAUCACGCUCCCAUGGUAUCAUCCACGUGUGCGACACCUUGCUUUUCGCUAUACCACCAACGACAGCGGAGAGGCGUCGCUGAGGAUUGAGAUAAUCCCUUUGGAUUCAGCUGCGGGGACCUCUAUAGGCUUGACUGAUAAUGGAGGCGUGGACACAACUUCACGUCUAUAUCGGACAUGCGUUAGUCUUCUUGAGACUAUAUUCAAGUAUGGUAGGGGCAAGAUGACAGGAUAUAAGAAACGUGUUAUUCAUGAUACUCUCGUUCCACGAGAAGAAUAUCAAGAUCUGUAUCUAAUUAUGCGAGAAAAGUUUAAAAGCAUUGCUGAUACUUGGCAUGAGGCUACCGACGCCUCUAAGCACGUCUUUGAGGAUAUAUCCAUAGCGACAUUUCUAAUGCUGCUAUGGAAGUACACCUACCCAGCCUCCCCAUAUACCAGUUCGACUUCAUCCAACCCGCACGAGCCAUGGUAUUCGUGGGGAAGACCACCGGAAGGGUUUCUUGACUUGGGGUGUGGCAACGGCCUCCUAGUUCAUAUCCUUAUCGAAUGUGGAUAUGAAGGUCUAGGGGUGGACCUGCGGGCGCGCAAAUCAUGGCCCCACUACCCAUCCACGACACGCGAUCGCCUAUUCGUCCAUGCUUUCAACCCCACGAUCUCUUGUCUCCGCGUUCCCAUCCCUCCCGCUUCCACAGACAGCCAUCACAAAAAAGAUGACCAUACCGAUGGUCCUGACACCAUUGAGCGAGAUAUGUUUCCUAAGACGAAAUCAGGAAAGGGAAGAUUCAUUAUUGGGAAUCACGCAGACGAGUUGCAACCAUGGGUUCCUUUACUUGCUGCCUUGACAAGCGCGGAGUAUUUGAGUAUUCCGUGUUGUACCUGGGAAUUUGACAAGAGGUUUCAACUGAAGAAAAGGCAUGGUGGUGGGACGAAAGGCCAGAAGACGGAAGCUAAUGACGAAGGGGACGGCGCGGAUCCAGAUGCUCUUAAUGAAGGUGCGGAUAGUUCUUCAGCAGUCCGACCACCGGAGGAGGUGGAGUUGGAGAGGAAAUUGAGGUUUGAUGAAAAGGAUGGGAAGAUGAGCUUGUAUGCUUCGUAUGUGUUGUGGCUGGCCACGUUGUCGGAAGAGUGUGGGUUCGUCAUUGAAACUGAGGCAUUACGGAUACCCAGUACGAAGAAUAGGGCGAUCAUAGGGCGUAAGCAGAAAGCAAACGCCGACGUCGGUGCCAUCAAGGCCAGUAUAAAGGCCAGAGUGGAGUACAUUCGGGCAAGAGGUCUCUUCAAAAUAAGAAAGCCUGAAGGGGAUGCAGGACUUGAGAUAGAGGACAGAAAUUCGGGACAACCAAAAAAGAGUCCCGAUCGUUUGCAUAGCCUCAAGUAUGGCGAGCUGAACGCCAACGCCCCCACAAUAGGGGAGUUUCGACUUGGCGAUCUAGCUUGGGGCCCCGUCCAAAGUGUCGCCCCUAAGCUUGGAUGCGGACCACGUCUGCCGAUUACCACCAAGACCUCUAAGCCUGUACGGGCGUCGAGGUUGAGUACGAGCCAUUCUGUCGCUGAUUAACGAAGCACCCCUUCAAACGCUGAUAUGAGACUUAUCAUGCGCUCGGCCGUUUUGAUCUGACAGUUCGUUUGCAGACGCCAAACCGGAGGAGGACCUGGCUUUUUACGAUCUGUCUUCGAUCAUUGCAUCCCACGCUCCGGCCUCUCGCGUCCCAAUUAUAUGCUGAUGUGGCUAAAUGAAGCAAGAUUACUUUAUAUGGAAUCGUCCCGUGGGGCCGCUGAAUCAGCCAACCCCACAAAUUUAAUAUUAACGGAACCUGACCCAG